GCGACCGUUUGACACAUGUAGAACCAGCCCCGCACAUCAAGGUCCCCGCCAUCAUCGCCGGGCUGAUGCAACAACACAACAGCCAUAGUCGAGGAAAAAAAACACCCAUAUCCCUCGACGAUCUCUGCGUUGCCCCGCACACACCACACACUACACCCACCAGAGUUGGCUUUCCGAAUAUCGCGACAUGUAUUGGCACAAGCAGACGGGUUGGUUAUGUAACAUGUUGUUUGGGGGCAUGUUGUCGACCCCCGCAGGGCUGGGAAAUGAGCAGCAGGAUUUUCCCACAAGUGAGCAGGAGGAGCUUCAGGGCAGUACGGAUGCAAGUUUGCCACUGGAGGAUGCCGUCGGCACCGCGACAGCCGUCUUACUCAAUAGUCUUCAGUCGAGUGAAUGGUCAGGUCAGCCGAGAGAUCAGCGUUCCGAACUGUGCGGGAGCGAACAGGAAAUCCUGCACGAAAUUGCCGGAUCAAAUAUGAGGACGGUACUGGGGCGAGAGUCUGGCUUAACCCGUGGGGCGGGCAGCCUUCCGGACCCCCCAGACCUGUCUGGUAAUGAGAGGAACCUCCAUGAUGGAGGUGGUGAAUCAAGCGUGAUGUUGACGUGGAAUCGCGAGGAUUCGAUCACCGGAGAAGGCGCAUCAGUAGAGCUCCCACGUGGUACAAACAUUGGCGACACGACCAACACGUUUUCCCGUGAAGUGCCGAGCAACAGCGGGGACCUGCCAAUGACAAACAAUGACAACCGUCGGGUCUACAAGGACGCCAAGCACAACGAAUUCCAGCAGUCGCAAUUCAACGCCCCCGUAGCAUUCGGAUCUGUGGUUAUCAACAACUCCCAAAAGGGAAACGAAGAAGUUUUGAGGGAAUUCGGUAGGCGAUCAUAG